UUGUGUGUUUGUGUGAUGGUGUUCGCAGGGGGAGGCUGGUGCGCGCGCUUCAUGCAGCGGCACGGGUCGGGGCUUAACUUCGUCCUCCUGGUCCUGGCUUAUAUCCUCUACCUGGCCGUGGGCGCCGGGAUCUUCUCGGCCAUCGAGCUGCCCUACGAGGGCGAGCUGCGUCGGGAGCUGAGGGAGGCUCGGCGGGACUUCCUGGGCAACAACACCUGCGUGUCGGACGCGCGCCUGGAGGAGCUCCUGGCUCGCGCGCUGGAGGCCAGCAAUUAUGGAGUCUCGGUCCUCGGUAAYGAGACGAGCCGGAACUGGGACUUUGUGUCCUCGCUGUUCUUCACCAGCACCGUUCUGACCACGACAGGUUACGGCCACGCCGUGCCGCUCUCUGAUCUUGGGAAGGCGUUCUGCAUCUUCUACUCCCUCAUUGGGAUCCCCAUCACCCUCUUCUUCCUCUCUGCCACAGUGGAGAGGCUGGUGGUCCUGGUGACCCGGCGCCCCAUCUCGUACUUCCACCGACGGUGGGCCAUGUCCAGGUCCAGGCUGGCGGUGCUUCACGCCGCGUGCCUCAGCCUCGUCAUGGCCGUGCUCUUCCUCUUCAUCCCUGCGUGGAUCUUUGUGACUCUGGAGGAGAACUGGAACUUUUUAGACUCUCUGUAUUUCUGCUUCAUUUCGCUCACGACCAUAGGGCUCGGUGAUUACGUCCCCGGGGAAACUCACAGCAAAGGGGCCAACCCGCAUCCACAUCUGUACCGGCUGGGCAUAACUGUCUAUUUGUUGCUGGGCCUGGUGUGGAUCCUGGUGGUGAUGGAGACGUGCUGUGAGCUGCCCCAGAUGAAACUCCUGAGACAGAAGUUUUACCAAGAAAACGUCCGCGAGCUGGACUCUGAGACCACCAACAUCAUCGACCGGGACCACUUGAACGAGCAGAUGACUGACAUCCCGGAUCACAUGACUUUAGAUCAACUUCCAGCCAUCUCCUCGGUGUCGGAACAGGCGGACAAUCUGCGGCAGAACAACACGUCGGUGCCUUACACUCCAGCCUCGGGAGCUGCUGUUAAUGGAAACUUGAGAUAACACUUAUCAGGGCUUUUAGGGAGGGUGGUCUGGUGUAAACUGUUUUUAGGGAAGUGAUAUAUUAACUUUUCCUGCUGCUGAGUCUCUUAAAAACAUCUCUUUUCUGCCAACACCAACCCAGAUAUGUGGCGUUGAAGCAGGAACCACCCACAGUUUAUUAGUUCAGCAUUGUUUUUUUGUUUUUUGUCUCCUGCUGCUUGAUUCAUUGCAGAUAUAAAUCUUUGGCAGAGGGGAAAGGGCAUGGCCCCUUGAAACGAAGAGAAACCCAACAAAGUUUCCACUUGUGGGUAAAGCUGGAACUCCCAAACUGCACAGUUUGCUCAGUAAGAUGUUGCUUUCCUUCUUGGGACAGUGUGUAUCUGUGGUACUGUAUUUGCAUAGAGAAUUUGCCUUCUUGGAAGCAGUAAAGCCAACAGAGCCCGGGGGAGGAUCGGGCUUGUCACGUGUUAGCCGUAGGCAAACUUUAAGAAAGAUAAAAAAAGAUGGUAAACAGAUGMAUGUUUUUCUUCCUGGAUUUUUACAGACACUGAUUAUCCUUUA